AUGGCAUUUGGUGAACUCCUGCAACAAGGAGGUGACCGUGGGAGGUAUCAGGUUUUGAAUUUUGUCCUCUGUAUGUUGGUCACUCUCCUAGCAUUCCCUAACGAGCUUGUAGACAGUUUUUCAGCAGCCAUCCCCGCUCACAGCUGCUAUGUCCAGAAUCUCGAUAACGCCACCUUGGGAUCCAGCAUCACCAAGAACCUGUCAUCCGAGGCCCUUCUGAGGGUCUUCAUUCCUAUGGGCUCAAGGAAGCCAGAGCAGUGCCGUAGCUUCCACCAGCCCCACUGGGAGCUGCUCGAUGCCAAUAUGUCAGCGACGAGUAACGUUGAGCUGGUGACAGAGCCCUGCCUGGAUGGGUGGGUUUAUGACCGGAGUAUUUUCACUUCCUCCAUUGUUACUGAGUGGGACUUAGUAUGUGAUUUGGAGUCACUCAAACCCUUUUUUCAGUCUAUCAUCAUGGCGGGAUUUCUUGUGGGUAUUCUUCUCUGUGGUUUCCUUUCUGACAGCAAACAUAAAAUGAGCAUACUAGCAGCUGGAGAAGGGGAUCAUUCAGAACUGCAGAGGGAUCCUUGCCGUGGCAUCAUGUUUGGGGAUUUUGGCAAAGUGGCCUCUCAUCGAAGAAGAAAGCCCCCAAAUCAGCUCAGACAUCUAACUAUUUUAGAAGGAACCUCAUCAAAAUGGCAACCCAAAAUCCUAACCGCCGUUGGAUUAUCUUUGAACACUGGCCAGGCACUAGUUGGCGGACUGGCGUAUAUUUGCCGAGAUUGGCACAUUCUACAAUUAGUUGUCACUGUGCCCUACAUCAUUUUUUUCUUCUUCUUCUGUUGGAUCUCAGAGUCUGUGCACUGGCUCAUUAUAACUGGAAAAACAGAACAGGCAUUAAAAGAACUCCGCAGAAUUGCCUUCAUCAAUGGAAAAAAAGAUGUCGCACAAAGUCUGACAGCUGAGAUUUUCCUCCCUUUGGGGCAUGCAUGUCUUCCUGCUGGAUCUUCAGAAUUUGGGGAUAGAUAUGUUUCUGAUGCAGUUUCUACUAGGAGUGAGUUGCCCACUUUGCGCCUUAUUAUUUUUCUCCUGGGGAAAUUAUCCUUUUCAACCUUCAACAUUGUAAUUGUCGCCCUCAUAAAUGAACUCUCACCAACACCACUCAGGGCAACUCUAACUGGUAUUUAUGGAUCUGUUGUCCGUCUAGCUGCAGUUUUGGUUGCUCUGGCCCUUCUAACUAGAAGGUAUUUCAUACAUCUACCCAUGAUUCUCUACGGGUCUGUUCCCUUUACAGCCCUAAUAGGCAUCUACCAUCUGCCUGAGACCUCUAGCCUUCCACUUCCAGAUAUCAUCACAGACUUGGAGAAGAGGUGGUUCCGGGAAGCUCAGCAGCAUCCUGACAGAAGUCUCCCAUCGAGAGCUGCAUCCCCAGCUGCAUCCUCAUGGCAGUAUAAUAUUUUCUCUUCCACAGUGGAGACUUUCGCUGAGGCCCUUCCUGCUUCCCAAGUGCAACAUCUGAGCAUUUUCUCUGGGUUUUCCACCCAACUUCCUGGCAACUUUGGCAACAACCCAACGGCAGAUUUUCGUGUGAUUCUUUGGGUGUUUAGCUGGCUUCCUCAUGUCUCACCUUAUCGGUUUUCUGGAUUUGCAAGUUCUCCAACCAGCUUCCCAAAGAGUUAA